GUUGCCCCACUUUGCUUCAUUCCUGGUUUACAGCUAUGGUGUUUGGACUUGUUAAGCAGAGAGCUCGCUCCCAUUCCAUAGGGAAUGAAUGAGACGGCCCUCCUUCUCAUGUCCACCUGCACUUCGUUAGAGAGCAGCGCGUUCACAUGCCACACCACAAGAUCUCCACAAUGACAUAACUCCAUUCAGAGACUGGCGUGAGGAGGCUGAGUUCUCCCCCACCCCCUUCAGCUCUUGUAUCACUAAGAAUCUGGCAGCCAGUUCGUCCUGACAGAGUUCACAGCAUAUAUUGGUGGAUUCUUGUCCACAGUGCAUCUGCUUUAAGAAUUAACGAAAGCAGUGUCAAGACAGCAAGGAUUCAAGACAGUUGCCAAAAAUGAAUCUAAGUGUGUUUACUCUCCUCGUGGCAUUAAUCAGAGGUACCAGUGGCCACGUCUACUAUGAUUAUGAUUCCCCCCUAUCCAUUUAUGGGUAUUCAUCACCUAAUUGCGCCCCAGAAUGCAACUGCCCUGAAAGCUAUCCAACUGCCAUGUACUGCGAUGAACUGAAAUUGAAAAGUGUGCCGAUGGUGCCCCCUGGAAUCAAGUACCUUUACCUUAGAAAUAACCAGAUUGACCAUAUCGAGGAAAAGGCCUUUGAAAAUGUAACUGAUCUGCAGUGGCUUAUUCUUGAUCACAACCUUCUAGAAAACUCCAAGAUAAAAGGAAAUGUUUUCUCUAAAUUGAAGCAACUGAAGAAGCUGCACAUAAACCACAACAAUCUGACAGAGUUAGUGGGUCCACUUCCCAAAUCUCUGGAGGAUCUGCAGCUCACUCAUAAUAAGAUCACCAAGCUUGGCUCCCUUGAUGGACUGGUCAACCUGACCUUCGUUCAUCUCCAACACAACCAGCUGAAAGAGGAUGUCAUUUCAUCAGCAUUUAGAGGUCUUAAAUCACUCGAGUACCUUGACUUGAGUUUCAACCAGUUAACAAAACUGCCUUCUGGUCUCCCAGUAUCUCUCCUAACUCUCUACUUAGACCACAAUAAGAUCGGCAGCAUCCCUGAGGAAUAUUUCAAGAAUUUUAAUGGAUUGCAGUACCUGCGUUUAUCUCAUAACGAACUGGCUGAUAGUGGAAUUCAUGGAAAUUCCUUUAAUGUAUCAUCCCUGCUUGAGCUGGAUCUCUCCUAUAAUAAGCUUAAAAAAAUACCCCCUGUAAAUGAAAACCUUGAAAACUACUAUCUGGAGGUCAAUCAACUUGAAAAGUUUGACGUAAAGAGCUUCUGUAAGAUCCUGGGUCCAUUAUCCUACUCCAAGAUCAAGCAUUUGCGUUUGGAUGGCAACCCCCUCACUCACAGCAGCCUGCCUCCUGAUAUGUAUGAAUGUCUACGUGUAGCCAAUGAAAUCACAGUUAAUUAAUAGGUACUAAUUUCAGUCACAUGGAGGUGAAUCCUGGAACAACAUUUUAUGGUUAUGUCUUUUUGCGUGUUAGUUUUCAUAGUAUUCAUUUCUUGUUGCUGUUUAUUACUUCUAUGAAUUUUAAAUUCCAAGGGAAAAUGUUUUGUAAACAUUUUACUACUUUUUAAAAAAGAGAAAAGAUGAAAGGCAGGCCUAUUUCAUCACAAGCACAAAUAUAGAUACACACAUAGGGAACAAAUUCAAUGAUUUAUUUGUAAAUUUAGUGUUUUUAACAUCUCUAAUGUCAAACGAUAUGCAAAGCUUUACUGGUUUAUUGUAAGUCAGCCAAGUUUUAUAAUUUCUAAAUCUUAAUAUGCCCAAAAGCAUGGACUAUAUAAAUGAUCUCAAUUCAUUCAAAUUUGUUCAGCUGAAAAAUAGGUGGUAAAUUGAGUCCUCUGAUUUUACAAAAUGCUAAACAAAAUUCAGAAAGCCACAUACCUUUAGAGCAGUAUUUUUAGUAUUAACAAUUUAUGUAGUUUACC